GGGUGUCUUCAUUUCCACCUUUCACGGGAUGAUUUACCGCGAUUCUGUGUUCCUCUCCGAAGGGCGAUGACCUACUGGCUCAACCGAGUCCAGUCCUUCCUGUACUGCAGCGACAACGGCUUGGCCGGCGUAUUUUCCGAGGAGACCCGGGGCUGCACCUGCCCCUAUGACCCGCUGAGCUGCCAGAAGGCCAUCCCUUGCUCGGUGGGCGAGGGCACCUCGUGCGCGACGUGCGCCGCCGACAACCGGACCCGGUGCGGCGCCUGCAACGCGGGCUACAUGCUGAGCCAGGGGUCGUGCCGUCCGGAGGUGGCUGACCCCACCGAGCAGUACAUCGGCUUCGAGACCGAGCAGGACCUGCGGGACGUGGAAAUCCGGUACCUGCUGCAGAAACGGGACAGCAGGAUCAUCGUGCCGGCUAUCUUCAUCAGCAACGACGUGCGCCUCAACAGCUGGUUCGACCCCUCGUGGAGGAAGCGCAUGUUGCUCACCCUGAAGAGCAACAAGUACAAGACCAACUUUGUCCACAUGAUCUUGGGCAUGACCAUACAGAUCUGUUUGACUAAAAACAGUACCCUGGAGCCGGUGCUGGCCAUCUACGUGAACCCUUUCGGAGGCAGCCACUCCGAGAGCUGGUUCAUGCCGGUAAACGAGGACAGCUAUCCUGACUGGGAGAGGACUAAAGUGGAUGUGCCCCUGCAGUGUUACAACUGGACCUUGAUGCUGGGCAACAAGUGGAAGACGUUUUUCGAAACGGUCCACAUCUACCUGAGGAGCCGCAUUAAGUCGAGCGGCAACGACAGCGUGUACUACGAGCCCCUGGAGUUCAUCGACCCGUCCCGGAACCUGGGCUACAUGAAGAUCGGUCACGCCCAGGUCUUCGGCUACAGCAUGCACUUCGACCCAGACGCCAUUCGGGACCUCAUCCUGCAGCUGGACUACCCGUACACCCAGGGAUCGCAGGAUUCCGCCCUGCUGCAGCUGUUGGAGAUCCGCGACCGCGUCAACAGGCUCUCCCCCUACGGCCACCAACGCCUCGAUCUCUUCACCUGCUUGCUCCGCCACCGCCUCAAGCUGGCCACCAGUGAGGUGGUCCGGAUCCAAGCCUCCCUUCAGGCCUUCAACGCCAAACUCAUCAACUCGGUCGAGUACGAGACCACCAAGUUAUGCAGUUAG